AGAAUUCUCCAGUUGCUGCUUUAAAUUAGAGCCGUGGCCAUUACAGGAGCCGUCGCCAUUAUGACUAUGGUGCCCCCGCUACAGGGAAAGCCUCGCGGAUACCGAGGGGCUGCCAAAGUGGAGGACAUGGAAGUCAGAGGGCUUAACUGCUUGGGUUCUCCAUAUAACCUUUAACCUCCUCUUCAAAAAUUUAUAUUCCUGAGAAGGACUUGGUGACAUUUCAAAGACUGUGGCACGAGGUUUUGAAGUUCUACGUCAACCUACAUUAACGUGGUGAGAAGGUUCAUUAUGAUGGACACCAAGGACCCGCCCACACUAUUGGAUCUUGCUACACAGAGUCUAUUGAGUAAUGAGCAUGCAGCAAUCCAAGCCCUGGAGGAGAUCCCAAGGGAGCUUUUUGUCCCUCUAUUCACUGCUGCCUUCACGGGUAGACACAAGAAUAUACUGACAGCAAUUGUGAAGGCUUGGCCUUUUGCCUGUCUCCACAUUGGGGCAUUAAGUGUGCAGGAACCCGAGCGUGAACUCCUGAAAGCCUUGAUUGAGAGUCUUCAGUUCCUCCCUGCCCUGAACUCAGCUACUAGGAGCCCUAAACUGAGGAUCCUAGAUUUAAGGCAGGAUGCUGGCUGCAAGACCGUAUGUCCUGAUAUCAGUACUAAUUCGACAAUUUGCUUUCGUUCUUGUGCUCACUCUGAGCACUCUAUCUUCAAAAUUGAAGGCCAGGAGAGUCUUUCAAGUUCCAAGUCUGAAGCUCAGCCCUCUAGGCUGCCUAUGGAAUUGAUAGUGGACAUUUCCCUUGAUGGCACUUUGAGGGAAAGGAAUUUUUUUGCUUUGCUUCAGAAUAAAGUAGAGCAGAGCCUAGGCUCUCUGCACCUGUGCUGCAGAGAUUUGCAAAUUAAUAACUUGUGUGAAUGCAGACAUGCAUUAAGCCAUCUGGAUCUGAAAUGUGUUGAUCACCUUGCAGUUGAUGAGUCUCCUCUUACUGAAGUCACCAAACUUUUAUCUCAUACAAUACAGCUGGACAGUCUUAGCCUGUCUAAAAUCGCUUGUAGAUCUUUGAAUGGGAGAACCUUUAGAAAUUUUAUCACCCAACUGAGUCGUAUGAACCACCUGAAGGAGCUCAGCUUGUCUUCAUUCUGCCUCACAGAUCAUCUUGAAACUGUCCUGAGAGUACUAUCUGCUGAUUUGGAGUUCUUAUAUCUACCGUUCUGUGGACUUUCUUACAGUGACUUCAAGUUUCUCUCUGAGUGCUCUCAAGUCAGUCAUUUAAAGUUGCUGAAUGUCAACAACAAUCCAAUAUAUUGGGAAGAUUGUGAGCCAUUUUAUUAUCUCCUGCAGAAUGUUUCUAGCACCUUGCAGCAUCUGAAAAUUUGUUAUUGCUUUUUAACAGAUUCUACAAUCUCUGUUCUUAUCCCAGCCCUAACCCGGUGUUCUCAACUUCGAGUGCUUCACUUUUAUUCAAAUCAAAUUACCAUGGGUAUGCUUAUGAGAAUUCUUGAGCUAUUAACACCAUUGAAGGAGCUUAAACAUGUGAUUUAUCCCAUCCCUGUCCAUUGCUAUGGGAGGUGGCAUUUUCAAGGCAGUUUAGAUAGACAGAAGGUUGAAGAUGUGCAGAGACAAUUGAACUUAAUGCUACAGGAGGCAGAAAGGAGUGAUAUGAAUUGGAUCACUUACUCUGAUUAAAUUACAAAGUCCAACACAGUUUCAACUUGAUAUGUUCCCAUUAAGGGCUUUUUUUCUUAAUACCAUAGACAGAAUAUAUAAGGUUCUUGUGUUGUAGGAGAAUACAAUUAAGAAGUAUAGGUUGUAACUGAUUUCUAUAGAGAAUAAUUUACAAGAAGAUAGAGGACGUUGAGAGUACCUAUGUGUCUCUCAGCUAUUGUCGUGGAUAGCAUUUCAUCUCACCAAAUAAAUUUUAAGUAGAGGAUAUGGAAAGUUUUUGUUAUGAAAUACUAACAACACCCUGUCCUCACUGAGAUUUGCCUGUGGAUACUUAGUGCCAGUUGUGACAAUAUAACUUUUCCUGCAUGUGAAUUUGGAGGCAGGUGGCAAUUGAAGCCAACACUUUUUAUUGCAUAAGUUGUAUUAAGUUUCUAUAUUUCAGCUGUCUUCAGUUGUUUAAAGGAAACCAACUGGAUUUAACAGUGAGAAAAAGUAUUUGUAACUACUACCAUUAAGUGGUUCAAUUUUUAUUUCAUAUUCAUUGAUUAAGGAUUAGUUUGAGAUAUAAUUACUGAACCACUGACUGUGGUUUAUCGGUUGUUAAAGCAACUAGAAAGGUGUUGUACACACUUAGACCCCAAGCUUCAUCUUCCCAGCUCUUAGUACAUAUUCUCUUCAAUGCAAAACAGACUUUAUGAUGUUGGAUCUCCUCAGCAGGAUUCAGGGAUUCAACAUUGCCAUCUUGGAGGCAUGCUCUCACAUCUGUUUGAUAUCUACCAUCUGGCCUCCUGCAAAAUGCCUGGUAUAGCAGACUGGUAGGGAAGAGAACUUUGUUUCUUUGUUUUAGACGUUUCACUAAGGUUGUUUGACUCCACUCCUUUGGAACUUUGGCGAGACAGAAUAUGAUUAGGAGUUUUGACAGAGGGAGUUCCUUUCAACUCAUGAGGCCAGGGAGCAGACAGAGAAGCCUGAGUCCCCACACAGCCAUCAGGAGUGCAAUUUCAUUGAUUUGCAUCCUUGAACUACCCUGACAUAAAAUUUCUACCACCUACCCUGGAGCCUUUCUUGAACUAGCCUGCUCAAAGAUUUCAACUGCCUGCAUUGGAACCAUCAGCUUGAGACCAAUAUGAACUUGGAAAGACAGGAGUCCAGCCACAACAACCACUAUUAUUCCUUUUGAAAUUUUUUUCUUUUACCACUAGUUCCUUCAUGGUAUACUUGACUCAGUUUGAAAUUCUGAUUUUUUUGUAUGGAACUUUCCACAUUUGCCAUAAUAUUGUGUAGCAAAUGCAUUAUGCAUGGAGCUGUUUAGAGUUGAAACUUCAAAUACGAUUACCAUAAAUAGAAAAGCAUGUAGUUUGCUCAAGACAUAGUGUGAACAAAGCAUAUAUACCUAUCAAUUAGGAUGCUAUUUUUGUUAAUGUAUUGAAAAGUUAAUACACUAAAUUGCAAAAACAUAGAAAAGUGUAUACAUUUAGUUUGUUCCUGUAUAUGUCUACAUCACUGCAUUUUAAUGACAUAUAAGUUUAAUGAAAAAAUCCUUUAUGGGGUCUUUUUAUAAAUAAAGCUAACUGCAUUUAAAAAUCUAAUAAGAAAACCAGAAGCAACAGUGUGUCUAUAUUGCUUUAAGUUUGAAAUUAUACUGGAUUUCAGAUCAACUAAAUAAAACUGGGGUUAAAAGCUACAGAAUUUUGUUAACAGUUCUCACAUGUCAAGAUGAUACUGAACUAUACUGUAGAGAUACAGAGCACUAAAAUUUAUCUGGAAAAUUAACAUUUGUGUUGAUUACAUUUAUUUGUUAAUAGAUUUUCAAAUUCAAGUAGCAACUUAAACAAAAGCCAUGUGCAAAAUUCUGGUGUAUGAUUUGUUAAUAAAGCAUUUGAAAGACUCAAAAGCAAGAAUGGAGAAUUAAUGACAUUCAUCUUUUUCAUAUUGCUUAUAUAUUAAAAUGCAGAAUUUAAUAUUCCAAUGUCAAUGUAACCAGCAAAUGUUUUAUAAUGCUUUCUUGUUAACAUCACAUUAUUUUGUCAUCUUUGAGUAAGUAAAAUGUUACUAAAAUUUAAGUCCAUGAGAUUCAUUUAAUAUUUUUGUUUAGGUUUUCUUCUUUCCAAUGUGAUUCUAUACAUUUUCUGGGCAUAACAUAUAUUCUCAAUUCCUUGCUUUCAUCUGAUUUGAAAAUAAUCUAUCCUCAGGAAUGAUUAAAACAUUUUUCAAAAGUU